GCGGCUCCUCAAGGUGCCCAGAUCCUCGUGCAGACAUGGCAUUUAGGAGGACAGAGGGAAUGUCCAUCAUGCAGGCCUUGGCAAUGACCGUGGCAGAGAUCCCCGUGUUCGUUUACACGACGUUUGGGCAGUCUGUCUUCUCUCAGCUGCGGCUCUCUCCAGGCCUGCGCAAGGUGCUGUUUGCCACAGCUCUGGGGACGGUGGCCUUGGCUCUUGCAGCUCAUCAGCUGAAGCGACGGCGUCGCCGAAAGAAGCAAAUUGCUCCGGACAAGUGCGGCUUUAAGCCAGGAGGGAUCACAGUGCCCAUCCUGCCAACCAGGAGGGUCUCCUCCGUGAAGAAAGGAUACUCCAGCAGGAGAGUCCAGAGCCCUGGCAGCAAGAGCAAUGACACUCUCAGCGGGAUUUCCUCUAUUGAGCCCAGCAAACAUUCCAGCUCCUCCCACAGCCUUGCCUCGAUGGUGGCAGUCAACUCCUCAAGUCCAAUACCCCCAGGGAUGUGGGAGGCCCAGGCAAUGGGAGAUGCUGGAGCCAUUGGUGAUUCCAGUGCAGAAAGCCUCUAUGUUCAAGGCAUGGAGCUGUUUGAGGAGGCCCUGCAGAAAUGGGAACAGGCACUGAGCAUCAGGCAGAGGGACAGUGCUUGUACCAGCACCCCUGUGCCCUGGGACAGCAGGAAACAACAAGAGAGCAUGUCUGAGAACAUUUCAGAGGAGGAGUCCCAGAAAAGGGAGUUUGCUGAGAAGCUGGAGUCCCUCUUGCACCGAGCCUACCACCUCCAGGAAGAGUUUGGCUCCUCGCUCCCUUCAGACAGCGUGCUGCUUGAUUUGGGUAGGGCACCCGGCUGCAGUAAAAUGCCAAUUUCCUGUCUGGUUUUAUGUCUUUUCUGUAAGCCAGAGAAGACUUUGAUGCUUCCGUUGGCGGAUGGAUCAUUGCGGCUGCGGACGGAUGAUGAAGACAGCUCAGCUUCAGAGGAUUCCUUCUUCUCUGCAGCAGAGCUCUUUGACUCCCUCCCCUUUGAGGAAAUGCCAUUCCACCUCUCCAGGCCAGUGGCAGCAUAUGAAGAAGCUCUGCAGUUGGUGAAAGAAGGGAAGGUCGCGUGCCGGACGCUGAGGACAGAGCUUCUUGGCUGCUACAGUGACCAGGAUUUCCUGGCAAAGCUGCAUUGUGUCAGGCAGGCAUUCCAGGAGCUGCUGGAGGAUGAAAGCAAUCAGCUGUUUUUUGGGGAGGUUGGGAAGCAGAUGGUGAUAGGACUGAUGACAAAAGCUGAAAAGAAUCCCAAAGCCUUCCUGGAAAGCUACGAGGAGAUGCUGCGUUAUGCCUUGAAGCAAGAGACCUGGCCAACCACUCAGCAGGAGCUUGAGGGAAGAGGGGUGGUGUGCAUGAGCUUCUUUGAUAUUGUGCUGGACUUCAUCCUCAUGGAUGCUUUUGAGGAUCUAGAGAACCCUCCCUCCUCUGUGCUGGCUGUGCUGCGUAACCGCUGGCUGUCCGACAGCUUCAAGGAGACGGCUUUAGCAACUGCUUGCUGGUCAGUUCUGAAAGCAAAAAGGAGGCUUCUGAUGGUACCAGAUGGCUUUAUCUCUCAUUUCUACUCCGUAUCGGAGCAUGUCAGUCCUGUCCUAGCCUUUGGUUUUCUGGGGCCCAAGCAGCAGCUAUCUGAAGUCUGCAGUUUCUUCAAGCACCAGAUCGUGCAGUAUCUGAAGGACAUGUUUGACUUCGACAAUGUGAGGUACACGACGGUGCAGUUGCUGGCAGAGGACAUUUUGCAGCUGUCGCGGCGGCGCAGCGAGAUCCUCUUAGGAUAUCUGGGCACCGAGACUUCCCCGGAGAUGAAUGGCAUGCUUCCUGGGGAAACUGAGCCACUGAAGGAGGAGCUCAUCUGAUGGCAGUCGAGGAAAACACUUUUGUACACGGACCUUUUCCUCCCAGAGAUGGAUAAAACUACCUGCAAAGUGCAGCAGUGGCAGCAAGACUGUGAACACACAGCAAUCUGGUGGGACCUUCUGCUUUUUGUAGCCAGUAGUGUUUGCUGGGAUGGAUCCAGGACCACUUGCCAACUUAUGGUUUGAAUUUCUUCUUUGUUCCACCUUCCUGUCAUUAUUAUUACUUUCAAUGUUUCAUAUAUACAUUGUGUCCUGAGCUGCCUGGGCCCAGAUUUUUGCCCAAUUCUCUUGAAUAGGGCAAUGUAUGUACCUGUUUUGCCUUUGUGUUUUCUGGGAGAUUAAUCCCUGACGUUUACGAUUGUAUGUGGGAACAGGAAUAUUGUUGGUAAAUUCUCCACUUGACCAUUAGCUUCUCAAGGAGGCUUUGCUUGCUUUGGGAUUUUUAUUACUGUUCUUCUCUGCUGUGUUCCUGCAGCCAUUAAUUACUGCUGAUUUUUACCCUAAGUGUGGUAACAUAUGCAAUGUGACUAGCAAAGAUUUCUUUCCCAGAGAGGAAGAAAUAGUUCUGUAAAGCACUGAAGUAAGAGGCAGACUUCUUUAAGCAGUCUGAAGCUCUAGGGAAAUUGGUCUGUUCCCUUGGUAUUGCUGCUCUUUGCAGACCAGAUGACAAGCUCUGCAUGCUGGUCAUCCUUGCUUAGGAGGUUGCUGAGGUCUAUGUGUACCCCUGAGGCAAGUUAGUGUCAGGAGGUGGGGAUUUGCAUCCUGCCUGUGCUUGCACGAAGUCUUUGACAUCCAUCAAAGUGCCUUGCUGGAUUUCAGAAUGAGCCAGCAGCAGCUUUUGCUGCUGGGGAGUGUACAAGCAGGGGGAAAGGGUAAUAAUGUGGUGCCUAUUGCUGUUGUGCAAAGGGUUGUGAGAGGUGUAGAUGUUGGAUGUGAGGUUAUGUGAAUAGUUGGAGAGCUGGGAUUAAGCUUCUAUAGAGGAAAUGACUCUUUACAGUCUGUCAAUUCUAAGAAACACAGCAUAAUUUUGGGUAAUGAUCACGUGUGUGUGUGUAUGGUAGUGCUUCUCAAAUGCUGUGAUCCUGAUUGCCCAGCCAGCAUCUGGAAUCUGGCUGCUUCGGGAUGUGAGCUGAGUUGCAUACUCAUGUAGGACAGCAGCAGUGGAGUGUGCUGGACUUAGUGAAUCAUAAAAAUCACAGAAUAAUAGAAUAUGCUGAGUUGGAAGGGACACAUAAGGGUUGAGUCCAACUUCCAUCUCUGUACAGGACACCCCAACAUUCCCACCAUGUGCUGAGGGAGUUGUCCAAACUUCUUGAACUCUGUCAGGCUUGGUGCUGUGACCGCUUCCCUGGGGAGCCUGAUCAAUGCCCAACCACCCUCUGGGUAGAAAACCUUUUCCUGAUAUCCAGCCUAACCUCUCUGACUCAGCUUCAUUGGUUUGAGACAGUCUUGGCUUUUGUGUGAGGUUUGCAAUGAUUUGCUGAGUCCUCCAUGAGUACAAUGCCACAAAUAAAAGUAGAGAUCCAGCCUGUGCCUUCUUCUGUUUUAGUCCACAUAUAAGUCCAAGUCCAACCCUCGGAAUGAGGAGGUCUUCAGGACUUCCACAAAAACAUCAGUCUUUUUGUUCCUGACUGAUUUGUUACCCCUUGUGCCUGUUCUGGGUGAAAGACACAAGGCUUACCCGGAUGUAUUUUUGCAAGUGGAAAAAAUAUGUAAGAAUCUGGAAUUUCCAUAUGAGUGGAGAGUCAGUGCGUGGGCUUGGAGAAUACAAAUGCUUUCUUCCUCUUCAGAUAUCUAAUGUGGAUUCUGCCGGUAAAAGCAGGAAGGAAGUAAACAGAGAAAAAAAGUAAACAGGAUGUAAAAGGAGCAGAUAAAUGUGCUGUGCCAUGUGUUUUAGGGACACCCUCCUUGAGCAGGGAGGUGGGACCAGAUGACCCACUGUGGUUCCUUCCAACCUGACCCAUUCUGUGGUUCUGUGAUUCCUUGAAAUGCUCCUGAGAUGUUUGCAGGGGGCUGCGUGUAGAGCACAGUAACAUCUGGUGCUCUGUAAGCACAUCAGACUGAUGUGGCUUAUCCUGGAAACUAGAUUAAUGCAAUAAACAGGACAAUGCUGAGGCAGAAAUUAGGAGCAGCUGCCCGAAGUGAGGCUGCGUGGAAUAAACUGUUAUGAGAAGGAUUUAAGAGACAGCAGUUAAAAUUAGGAAAAGUCUCUGAGGUGUCUUGCUCCUGGCAGUGUGCAGGAAGAGAAGAAAUGGAGGAUGUAUUAGCAUGACACACCUGCUACAUGUAAACUGUGAUUUGAAAGUAUGGUAUAUUCUGAAAGCAAGUUACUUUGCCAAAAAAAGAAUGUUGAUAGUGCUUUGUGCUCUUGUAUGGCUGGUUUAGAAGAAAGUCACUUCAGCAGCUUUUGUACAGUGGUUAAAAAGAUGCUAAAAUGUGAAGAUUAAUAUAAUGAGAGGGCUGUAAUUCUGAACAAUCAGUGCUGUUAAAUUCUCAUUUUUAGUGUUGUUUUAUGUGUAUUUAUUUAAUAUUUUGAGUGUCUUUGGCCUCAGUGCUUGGGCAGCUUGCCUGUUUUGUGUACAGACAAGAACACUGGCUGCUGACUUUGGGCUUUUGCAUCCUUGCGUGAGAGGAUACUGAAACAGGGUCCCCCUGAAGCAAACACUAACUUGCACUGUGGCUUUUUAAGCUGAGAAAUUGUAAAUUCCUAAUCAAUGAAAUGAAGAAAGACUGUUUUAUUACAGCUUGAUGCUUUUCCUUAGUCCUUAUUGCAAGUAGGUUACACAGCCCUCCCCGUGAAGGUAAAGAGGAAUCUGCCUCGGAAACAUCCGCAGCUUCUUGAAGGUCAAGUUCUCCGCCUUUUCCUACCAGCAGUGACUUGGUCCUGCACCAGCCAAGGAUGUUUGCCGAGACAAACUGGUUUUAUCUUUACUGGGAUGGAUGUUAACAACUUCUCUACACCACCCCCUCACUUCAUUGCUGCUUUUUGUCCCUCCCCAGUCCCAGUGUAGCUCAAGAGGAAAGGCAGAAAGGUGUCUAGAGCCUCUGAAGGGAACUUCAGGGAUCAGCACGUUCACAGGAGCUGUUCCUGUGGAAGAAGCUUUCCUUGGCCUGACCAGUGGUGUCAGGGACUUGCUGUGUUCAAGUCCUUUGGAUGCAGCCCUCAGCCUGCUUCCACUGAUCCCACCCAGAGUAGGGCCCAGCCCAAAAUGUGACUCUUGUACCUGUAUUGCAAGGUAAAGGUUAUGAUGGAACACCUGCCUGCCCUCUGGCUUCCUGAGAGCCCUAGAAAAUCCCUUCCCCAGCAUAUUGUGUUUAGCAACGGAAAUUCUUCAGGAUUAGUAACAGCUGUGUAUUCGGGUAGAAUCCCUUGAGAUAGAUAAGACAUUCACUUUUUUUAAUGAUGAACCCUUAUUCUCAAGGGGUUAAAUCAUCCUGGGCUGACACUUGCAAGAUUUUAACACUGAUGGGGAUUUAAGGUGGCUUAGCAGCUAUGAAAUAAAAUCCCUCAAUAAUGUCUGAUGCUUAAACAGAAUUUAAAAUAUGCAUGACUUUCAUUUUUUAUGUGGAGGUGGAAACAAGCUUCACCAGAGGUUAAAGUACAUCCUUGGUACUUUAGUAUGUAUGUAGAGACUAUGCCAAAUGGCUCUAGGAGGGUCUUUAUGAUCUUUAAACACAUUAAUAUAAAAAUUAUGAGGAAAAAUCUGCCUUGUAUCUACAAGAUCAGUGUGGCUUUGAAAAGCAUGACUUGUGGUGUCUCAUACAGGGAGGUGGGAAAACAGGAUUUUAUUUAUCCCUCUUCAGUAGAACAUUCCUCUGCCAUUUCUGAAACUAAUGAAUGUAAACUUGUGCCUAUUUUUUUUUUUUUUAUUUCCUAAAGAUGUAAAAAUCUGUUCUUGUUUUGCUUCUAUCUUUUUCUUUGCAGCUAAUUUUUUUAAAAUAUCUUUAAUCUUAGGAUGUGGGCAUUACAAGUACAAUAAAACUUUCCUUCAUGA